GCUGUCCACGGCAUGACAAGUUCCAAAGCACUUGUAACAUGUUGUAAACAUUGAUGAAUGACUCCCAGAGCAAGAUGAAGACGUUGAGAGAACUCCUUUCACUUCUGGCGUUUUUCCUUGGCUCCUCUCAAGCGCAAGGGAUAAAUCUAUUUGAUUCGCACUUUGGGCUGAACCGCUUGGGGCCAGGAUUUGUCACCAAGAGAAAGACCACAAUGUUGACAUCCACUCCGGGAGCAUCAGUUCCCAACUUUAAUGGUAUAAUUCACGAGGAAUGCGUAUGUGGCCACGCGAAACCAACUCGGGACCCCCUGUUGAAAAGGAGUAGAAGCCCUCGCGCAACCUCGACCAAAUUUAAUCAAAACAAAAUUGUAAAUGGGUAUGACCCCAAAAAUGCCCGCCCGUGGAUGGCCUUACUAAGUGUCGGCAAAAGACAAGGGCAAUGCGGAGGCACUCUUAUCAACCAUCAAUACAUUCUCACAGCAGCUCAUUGUUUCUGCUUCGACAAUGAGCACGACCAUGACCUCUGCAACCAAGCUGAUAUUGAGGGCGCAGCUUUGAAGGACAAGGUGAAGAUCAGUUUGGAGGUGGUGUCUGUUCCUUCAAGCAAGCAUUUCAAGUACCAUGCCACUGCUAUUCACAUUCAUCCCAAGCGUCUCUCUUUGGAACUGGAACAUCGGAACCAGUCAAAACCAGACCAGGAAUUCACCCCCUAUGCCGGUCCUUAUGACAUUGCCUUGGUCAAGUUAAACGAACCAGUGUCCUUCUUUCACAAAAAGGUAAUGCCCAUUUGCCUUUUUGAUGUGGAUUACCGCAACUUUUCCUUUGGUUAUGUUGCUGGAUUUGGCAGCACCAAUUUUGGAGCCAAUUGCUGGACAACCAAGGAAGGGCCCAACGCCUUUGAACAAUGUAGGUCGGAAUACAAAGUUCAAGGCAGGACUUAUGUGAAUGAAUGUGUCAAGGACAAAGCGCCACCAGUCGAGAGCCUCAAAUGUCAAAGACUGUUUGAUCAUCUUAACCAAACCAAGGCCAAAAUUGACUUCCAAAGAGUUUUCCUCGUGGAUGCCAAUGCUUUGACUAGAGAGGUCUGCCCGGCACCAGGAGCAGGGGGCCAAUUUGGCUGGUGUGACAUUGUUCCAUCACAGGGUGGCCCAUCAAUCAAUUCGGAGGGUACAUGGGGUGUCUGCUCUAACCAUUGUGAAUCUUACAACACGUCGACUUCCAUUCAAGAGGCUAAGUUAUCAUUGCUAACUCCGGAGAAGUGCAAAGAUGCGACCAAUUCGAUGAGUAUCGAUCCCACUCACGAAUUCUGUGCCGCCUUUCGACAUAACGAAUCUAUUUCGUUUGUGACUUACGUAGAAAAAGCGAAUGGCUUCGAAAAGAUCACGGAAGGCGUGGAAAGUCAGACUUAUUUGGGUGGCCGAGCUGCUUGCCAAGGCGACAGUGGAGGACCAUUAUGGGUUUGGGCCUAUCGACAUCUGAAACCAAUGAGCGAAUUGACGCUUGAGGAGAAACGUAAACUCGAGAUUCGGGCUUAUCAGAUUGGCGUGGUCAGUCGAGGAAAUGGAUGUGCCUAUCGGAACCAACCCGGAGCCUAUACAUCGGUCCACGAGUUUAAAGAUUUCAUUCGUGAAAAAUCGUCGGCUGGAGGUUGUUCAAGCUACAUUGCCAAAGAAAAUUAAAACACGC